UAUUGCUAUGUGUCACUUUUCGCUUGAAUAACAUUUUCCUUUACCUACGUACGUACAUAAAAAAAUAAACCAGCCAACAAUCAAAUAGGAAAAUUUUAUUUCACAGUGCUUAUAAAACAGACUCUAACGUAUAGUUUACUUACAAUGUUUACAGUGAUAAAACGUGUUUACAAUAAAUAACCCUGAAACUGGGAAGUAAUAGUCGCCGCGGGCAGUGUACAAAAGCAACUCGUUAAAAUGGGUUCUCUACAGUACGCGUGCACUUUCGUAAUAUUGACAUUAUUUAUUAGUGGAUGUAUGCCACGCUCUAUAGAAGAAGACGAGCCAUUCUUAGUGAAGCCAAAGUAUACUAGUUAUAAAGAACUAAAUGCAUUGUUGGAUGGUAUAGCGCAAAAUUAUCCGGAUCUCGCUAAGAGUUAUUCAAUCGGUGAGUCAGUGGCUGGCAGGCAGUUGCUGGUACUGGAAAUCACUCAGGAUGUUAAGAACGUGCACCCAGGGCGCCCGGCGUUCAAGUAUGUAGCAAAUAUGCAUGGUGAUGAGUCUUUAGGAAGGCAGUUGGUGAUUUACUUAACCCAGUAUCUUCUCGGCAACUAUGGGAAAGAUGAAAGAGUGACUAGACUCGUAAAUACUACGGAUAUACAUUUAAUGCCGUCUUUGAAUCCUGAUGGAUUUGCUGAAAGUAAGGUCGGCUGUGAAUCACAAUCAAAAUAUGUCGGUCGCAACAACGAAGCAGGCGUGGAUUUGAACCGCGACUUCCCGGACCAAUUCGACAAGCAUCAGUCGAACACUGAGGAGUAUCUGUACAAGGACAGACAGCCGGAGACGCGGGCCCUCAUCAAAUGGGUUCUGGGCAAACAGUUCGUGUUGUCUGGAAACUUACACGGGGGCGCUCUCGUAGCUUCUUACCCGUAUGACGAUUCAGUGACCGGCGCCGAAUGCUGUGAAGAAAGUAUAUCGCCUGACAAUAAGGUGUUUAAACAGCUGGCCAACUCGUUUGCGUCCAGACACGCGGACAUGAGACGAGGCAAUGCCUGCCCACCCGACAACUUUACUGAUGGACUUGUCAAUGGCGCUUACUGGUAUGGAGUCAAAGGUGGCAUGCAAGACUUCAACUAUAUCCACUCAAACUGCUUCGAGGUGACCUUCGAACUGUCCUGCUGCAAGUACCCUGGCCCUGAGAAGUUGCCCGGCCUGUGGGCUAUGAAUAAGGAACCACUGCUGGCCUACAUCGAGCAGACCCACAUCGGAGUUAAGGGGUUCGUGGUCGAUGAAGACGGAGAACCUAUUAAGGAAGCUAAGAUAUCUGUAGAAGGGAUAGAUCAUACAGUGAAGACGACGAAACUUGGCGAAUACUGGAGGCUAGUAGCUCCCGGAGAGUAUACCAUCACGGCUGCAGCUCAAGGUUACACGUCCGCACCGUCAGUCACCGUUACCGUCCCCGUGAACCAAACAGAAACUGUGACCACCAACUUCACACUGCGACGGCAACCACGCAGCAUAGAGGAGCAUAAGAGGACGCAGCGUGACAUCGACGGCAUUUCAGAGCCGGAUUUUGUACACCACAACUAUCUGAAGAUGGAGGCCUAUCUCCGGGAUCUAAGCGAGAAGUACCCUGAUAUCACCAACUUGACCAGCAUCGGACAGUCCGUGGAAGGUCGGGAACUGUACGUUCUGGAAGUGACCAGGAAUCCAGGGAAACAUAUACCGGGCAAACCGGAGUUUAAAUAUGUGGCCAACAUGCAUGGUAACGAGGUGGUGGGCCGUGAGCUACUGUUGCUGUUGGCCAAGUACCUCUGCCAGCAGUACGUGGCCGGAGACGAGAGGGUGCAGCGUCUACUGAACACGACCAGGAUACACUUGAUGCCGAGCAUGAACCCUGAUGGUUAUGAGAGGUCACUUGUUGGUGACUAUAGCAGCACGAAGGGCCGGUCAAAUGCUCACAACGUGGAUUUAAACAGGAACUUCCCGGACCAAUACGGAUUUACUAAGGAUAACAGGAUCCCCGAGCCGGAGACUGCGGCGGUGAUGAAGUGGUCGCAGUCGAUACCGUUUGCGCUGUCUGCCAACUUGCACGGCGGCGCACUCGUGGCAAACUACCCGUACGAUGGCAACCCAGAAAUGCACAGCGGAAACGAGAAUCCAUCGCCUGAUAAUGAUUUCUUUGUACAUCUGGCGCAUUUGUACUCUGAUGUACAUCACAAAAUGCAUUUAGAGCGGCCGUGCAAGGAUAUGCCCAACGAAAGAUUCCCGGGCGGUAUUACGAACGGAGCGAAAUGGUACGUGCUAGCCGGCGGGAUGCAGGACUGGAACUAUCUACACACCAGCGACAUGGAGCUGACCUUGGAGCUGGGCUGCAGGAAGUUCCCACCAGCGUCGGACCUGCCCACUUACUGGGAGGACAACAGGGAAGCGCUGCUGCAGUAUAUUGAACAGGUCCACAAAGGGGUGUAUGGGUUCGUGCACAGUCAUAUCGGGCACGCCCUGAGUGACGCGAUGAUCUCGGUGUCAGGCCGCCGCCACGUGGUCCGCAGCGGCCCUGACGGUGACUUCUGGCGAUUGCUGCUGCCCGGCACAUACAACGUCACCGCCACCAGGGACGGUUAUGAAACCAUCACAGAGGAGAUCACAGUUCCUGAGAACGGAUCAGUAAGCUUCAACUUCACGCUGAUGGCCGAUGACCCCCAGCAUUGGUCUUCCGCUUAUGAUUUCCGUGUUCUGGACAACGUGAUUAACACCCGGUACCACACGCCGCUGGAGCUGUACGAGAUGCUAUCAGAACUGGAGAACAAGUAUCCUGAUAUAGCGGAGUUCAGGUCCGGGGACAGCCUCACCACGGCCACCUUCCAUCAGCUGAAGAUGACCGAUCAGGUCGGUUCACCAGAAGAAACCAAAUUCCACGUCGCCAUCGUGAGUAGCUUCUACGGCUCCCAACCAUUAGGUCAGGAGAUGGUACUCAACUUCGCACGCCACGUCGCAACAGCAUACACAAUCGGAGAACCCAUCCAUCAGAAACUUCUCCAAACGACCGUCCUACAUUUCAUACCGAACCUCGAUAUCUUAUACGAGAAAGUGUUAAAACAAAUGAACGAUACUAAUAAAUGUGAAAUAGAGUUAUUGGAAGAAGAAUUUGGAGAUAGUUUAUACAAUUUUAUAACAAAGAAAGAUCUAAAUCCUCUAUCAAAUUAUACGAGAGAAAAGGCGUUCAUAGAUAUGCUGACAGCCGAGAAGUACGAUCUCGUUCUAGAACUAGCGUCGGGGACAGAGGAUGUAGCAUAUCCUGACUUAUCUAGAGUUUUGUAUAAGAAAUUCGCGCAGAGGUACCAGGAUUACAGAAGUCCGAGCAAUAAAUAUGAAUGUACCUCGUCUAACAUUAAUGUGGUGCAUGGAAAUUUGAUAGAUCUGUUACGUGAGAGAUACGACACGCCGGUUAUAUCAGUGGGACUCAGUUGCUGUAAAAUGCCCGUGGAUCAGGACAUUGCUGGUGUGUGGAGAAACAAUCUGAUGGGUAUAAUGAAGUUCGUGGAAUUGACUAGAACUGGUGUGGUAGGGUACAUAAAGAAUGAACAAGGCGCGCCCAUGCGGCAGGCGGUAGUGUCACUACAAACAAGUAUCGGCACGCACCGGGUGGCCGUCUCAUCCAAUAUGGCGCACUACCGCGCGUUACUACCGCCUGGAGACUACCGCGUACUCAUCCAGUGUCACAACUACCGCGAACAGAUGUUGACAUGGCGUAUAAUUGAUGGAAUUCUGAAACAGAAAGACAUAAUUCUGCUCCGUGAAAAUGCUGAAAGUCUCCCUGGGGGGCAGUAUCCUGAACUUCAGAUCACCGACAAGGAUCCUAAUACCAUAUAUAUCACAGGUUGGAUAAUGGACCACGACAGCCAGCAACUAAGCAACGCCCAGCUGAAGGUUUUCACUCUCAGUUCUAUAAAGCCUAUAUCGACUAAUAUUAGCGAUGAGGUCGGCCGGUUUGUACUAUCCCUACCUAAGAAGUACGCAGACAAAGAAAUAAUAGUGUCAGCCUCUGUCGACGGGUACAUCACUAAACAGAAGCACAUUAGGACAAAUUCAGAAGACAAUGUCACACCCAACAUACUAUUGAAACUGGAGAAAGACGAUGAUGUGCUCGGUAUGCCUCGUCUGUUAUUCGUCAUGCUGGCAGGUGUAGUAGGCGUGGCAGUGGUGACGUUAGCUGCCUGGUGCUUCAGUUGCCGCCAGAAGGCGCGCGAAUCGCGAAGGGAGUACUUAUUUGCUCCUCUACCUUCUGACGAUAAGCGCCCGCUGUGUGAAGACAACAACUAUGAAAUCGUCCGUAAACCAUACUACGACGUGGAAGAACUGCCACCGUCGGAAACAGACUCCGAAGACGAGAUAGUGCUGCUCCGCUCAGAUCGAGAGUGGCGUACAGUCGACCAAGAGUAAAUUUAUAUCUUUAAUAUUUAUUACAAGCAAAUACAUAGGCUACGAUAACCAUUUACCAUCAGAUGGGCCGUAUGCUUUAUUGUCACCAUCUAUGAUAUAGUAACAGAGUUAAUCCAAUGUCUAAAAUAGUAUGGUAAACCCGAUGGCGUCGAUCAAUUCACGUUUUUUUUUAUUAUUUUAACGUUAUUAAAAAUUACUAAUGAUGUCAUAAAUCUAAUCAUACGAAAAUAAGCCUUAUUGCAACGCUAUACGGUUUAUUAAAAGUUCACAUAUGUUAUUUUUACGUUAUUAUUAUUUAUUACUUAUCAGGAAUUGGGUUAAAUUAAUAAUGCAUACUUUUAUGUAUAUUAACUAAAAAGUAUUUUUUUUAAACUAGUAUAUAGCUCUGCAUCUUGCGUCAAACUUAUUAUAUGGUAAUCAAACCCAUGACCUGGUGUUCUAAAUCACAGCAUCAAAGAGACCGUCAAAAUUGUAUAAAAUACAAUUUGAUUGCAUGUUUAAAAAAAAUUGGGUUAAUUCUGUUACAUGUUAUAGAUUUCGUUCAAGUCUCUUACUCUCCUUAGUCAUAAAAAUAAAAAACAUAUUUUAACUGUUAACAUUUUUUUAUUCUUUAAAUUAAAAGAAAACUAAAUAUUAUA